AAAAAAAAAGAAAAAACCCACCCCCCCUGGUUCGAUAAGAGAACACAACAAGACCUUUGACGAUAGAUACCCCAAACUCAACCUUCCGAUAUCCUUCGCCGAUUGCCUACUGACCGACCCGACAGUGACAACAAAAGCCAGUCGAGCCGGAAACCUUGGGACCUCUCGCGCAUACCGUACCCUUACCCUUGGAACACGAAAGCGUCAAGCGCUCCUUGAGGACACGUCUUAUCCAACGACGGCCCGGUCGUCCAAGCUGCGAUCGAUAGCUUCCCCCCGGCCCCUCCGUCCUCGACCACAAUAAGGAGGUCUACUCUCGACCCGAGCACUCGUUCCCUCCCCUCCUACAACACCACACAACACCCCGACACAAUGAUCCGUUCAACGCAAAUAGCAAGGCUCGACGGCCUGAUGCUCUGCGCCUCCGUCGACGACGAGCAACAAGAAGCCGCCCUCUCCGAGGUCAAGUCGCAAAUCAAACAGGUCCUCCGCAAGCUCACGCGCAACUCGGAACCACAAGCCAGCAUCGAAAGCGGCGCCUACAACCUCAACUACCUCAUCGACUCGGACAUCACCUUCAUCUGCAUCACGGAACGCUCCUACCCGCGCAAGCUCGCCUUCACCUACCUCUCCGACCUCGCCCGCGAGUUCACGACGACCUACCCGCCCGCCCAGCUCCACUCCCCGUCCCUGCGGCCCUACGCCUUCAUGGAGUUCGACACCUUCAUCUCCCGCACAAAGGCCACCUACUCGGACGCCCGCGCCGCCCAGAACCUCGACAAGCUCAACGACGAGCUCCGCGACGUCACCAAGGUCAUGACCAAGAACAUUGAGGACCUGCUCUACCGCGGCGACUCGCUCGAGCGCAUGGGCGAGCUCAGCUCCCGCCUGCGCGACGACAGCAAGAAGUACAGGCGCGCCGCCGUCCGCAUCAACUGGGAGCUGCUGCUGAAGCAGUACGGCCCCCUCGGCGCCCUGGCCUUCAUCGUCAUCGUCUUCUUCUGGUGGCGUUUCUUCUAGUUCGGUUGUCCACCGGCCAGGGGGGGAGGGGGAAGGGCAAGGGAGGAGGGGCCAAUGGGACCCCCGUUUCCAGGAGCCUUCUAAUCUUCAAGGAGACUUUUCUUUUCUUUUCUUUCUUUCUCUGGCAUCAUGUUUCCAUGAGACAGGCGUUGCGCGUGCACUGGUUGUUUAUUCCUCCCUCUCCCCCUCUUUGUUCAUGUAAAUCAAUUCGAGUCACGACGCCGUCUUUCCAGACAGCCACGAGGAAGACGCCGAGGCGCCAUAAAACACGGGAGGUGUUUCUUGUUUUUGCGAAAUAGUGUUAUUUUUUGAGUCUUAAUGUGGAACACGAUCCAACACUACCAGACUUGCGGUAUCUAUGCUCUGAUGAGUCUCUCUAGACUGGAUGGUGGUGACCGUGGUGCCAUCUUAGUACUGGUGUCUGAAAUGGCCCCUUCUGGCCCCUUCUGCGGUAUCAAGAAGUAGGAAUGCAAAAAAAAAAAAAAAAAAAAAA